AUGGCAUCCAAGUCUGUCAAAGAUGCCGCCAGCCAGGCGGCCGAGACUACCCAGUCCGCCAUUGAGAAUCCAUCCCAGACCACCUCCGACUUUCUGCGUCACCCAUGGACCCGUGCCGCACUCCCUUUCGUCAACGGCGGCCUGUCUGGCAUGACAGCCACCUGCGUGAUCCAGCCCGUCGACAUGGUCAAGGUGCGUCUCCAGCUAGCCGGUGAGGGAGCGCGGGCAGGUCCGCGCCCAUCCGCCCUGGGCGUGACUCGCGAAAUCAUCGCUUCGGGCAAGGUCCUCGACCUGUACACGGGUCUCUCGGCGGGACUUCUCCGUCAAGCCGUCUACACUACUGCCCGGCUCGGCUUCUUCGACACCUUCAUCAAAGCCCUGACUGUGCGCGCCGACGCCGCAGAUCGCAAGGUCACCUUCGCCGAGCGUGCCGCCGCAGGCCUAACGGCCGGCGGCGUAGCAGCCAUGAUUGGAAACCCGGCGGACCUAGCCCUCGUGCGCAUGCAGUCCGACGGCCUCAAGCCACCUGCAGCCCGCGCUAAUUACCGCUCCGUCUUCGAUGCAUUGAUUCGCAUCCCCAAGCACGAAGGCAUCGCCGCGCUGUGGGCCGGCGCCCUGCCCACAGUCGUGCGCGCCAUGGCACUGAACCUCGGCCAGCUGACCUUCUUCGCGGAAGCGAAGCAGCAGCUGAAACAGCACACGACGCUGACCGCGCAAAACCAGACCUUCGCAGCAUCCGCCAUCGCGGGAUUCUUCGCCUCAUUCCUCUCUCUGCCCUUCGACUUCAUCAAGACCCGUCUGCAGAAGCAGCAGAAGGACCCGAACACCGGGAAAUUUCCUUACCGUGGCCUGCUGGACUGCGCCCGCAAGGUCGUCAAGGAGGAGGGCUGGUUGCGCUUCUACCGCGGGUUUGGAACAUACUACGUGCGGAUCGCGCCUCAUGCGAUGGUCACCCUUAUCGUCGCCGAUUAUCUGAACCUCAUCACGAAAUAG